AUGCGUAAAUGUCAUUGUCAGUCAGUUGACUUGACGUUUGCAGCUGCUGGUUCUUCACCACGUGCUGAAUUUUCUGCGUUUCCUCCUUUUCGUAGUGCAGACAUGGCGGCAGACGCUAAUGCGGUUGCCACCGCGGUUAUUUUCGACUUUUUAUCAAAGAAAGACAAAACCCUCGCCUCCGCUUUUCAAAAUAAAACCAAAGCGGCGAAUUUGGCGAAGGGAGCACCGAACAUCGCCGAAAUCGUUAGCUUCUAUCUGAACAAGGGUCCCAAGGCGAAGUUGCUGAAAGUUACUCCUGCGGAAAGCGAGGAUAGCAGCAGUGAGGAAGAGGAAACUCCGAAGCAAAAGGUAGUCGUUAAUAAUGUGUCCAAGCAGCCUCAGAAGAAACAAGAGUCUAGUAGUGAAGACAGUAGCUCUGAGGCAGAGGCAAGACCUGCACAAAAACAGCCUGCUAAGCAAGCAGCUGUUAAGACACCAUUAAAACCAACUCAGAAAAAAGAAGAGAGCAGUUCUGAUGACUCAUCAGAUGAAGAUGAAGCUCCAAAGAAGCAGCCAGUUGCUGCUGCUAAGCAAGUUCCUAAUCAGAAGCAAGCAGCUGCUAAAGUAGCACAGAAGAAACAGGCAAGUAGUUCUGAAGACUCUUCAGAUGAAUCUGAAGAUGAAGCUGCAAUCAAAAAACAAUUUGUAAAAUCAGUAGCCAAUACAUCAUCAAAGCCUGGCGCUAAGGCUAGCCCAGCUGCAGCUCAAAAGAAGAAAGAUGUGAGUAGUUCAGAUGAGUCUUCUUCUGAGGAGGAGGAAACUGCUAAGAAACAGCCUGCUAAGCAACCUGCCAAACCAGGUGCAAAACCACUUCAAACACCACAGAAAAAACCUGCACCACAAGGAAGUAGCAGUAGUGAAGAUUCAUCAGAUGAAGAUGAAGCUCCCAAGAAACCUGUGGUGGCUGCUAAACCUGCUGUAACUCCUAAGGCUACAGCCAAGAAAGAAAGUAGCUCUGAAGAGUCUUCAGAGGAUGAACAACCUGCUAAGAAACCAGCACAAAAGGCUACCCCAACACCUCAGAAGCAACCAGUGAAAGCUCCUGUUGCAAAGGAGGAAAGCAGUAGUGAAGAUUCAUCUUCUGAAGAGGAAGCACCUAAAAAAGCCACACCUGCCAAAGCUGCACCUCCUAAGAAACCACAAACUCCAGCUACAGGAGUAAAGAGGAAAGAAGAAUCAAGCUCUGAGGACUCCUCUGAUGAAGACAAGUCUCCUAAACCACAAGCGAAGAAACCAGCAGUCCCAACCCUGACUCAACAAAAGAAAUCAGCAGCUGCAACCAAGAAGGAUAGCAGUUCUGAUGACAGUAGUUCAGAGGAAGAGUCCAAAGCUGCUGUAGUGAAGAAGCCAGCUGUUCCAGCUGCAAAGAAGCCUGUUCAGAAGAAAGAAGAAAGCUCUGACUCUGACAGCUCCAGUGAAGAGGAAGAGAAAACUGUCAAAGUUCCGAUAAAACCGCAGAUAGUCGUGAAAAAGCCACAGCAGAAUGCUGCUAAAAAGGAGGAAAGCUCUUCUGACUCUGACUCGGAUGAGGAUGAAGCUCCUGCCAAAACGAAACCAUCUCCUAAAGCGGCGAUAGCUGCCGUGACACCUAAAAAGGUGAUCAAAAAAGAAAAAAGUUCCUCAGAGGAGGAUAGCAGCGAUGAAGAGAAGCCGAAAAAGAAACCAGCUGUAGCUACUUCUACACCAGCUCCCAAAAAGUUGGCUGCCAACAAAGAAUCUUCAUCAGAAGAAGAUUCUGACGAGGAAGAGGAGCAACCAAAGAAGAGGAAACAUUCACAGCUCAAAAACGGCGCAGUAAAUGGUGAUAUGAACGGUGAUGAUGAAGAAGAGGAAGUAGAGAUGAAAAUUAAGAAACCAAAAUAUGACAAUUUCGUCAAAGAAGGACACAAUAACAGUAACAACAAUAGUUUUAACUCCAAUGAAAAGAGUUUCGAAGGCAGAAGAUCGUGGGACAACAACAGGGGCGGCCGUGGAGGCGGCAGAGGCGGAGGCCGAGGAGGAUUCAGAGGCGGUCGUGGCGGAAAUAGGGGCGGAUUCGGGGGCGGAGACAGAGAUGGUGGAGGCGGAGACAGGAAGUCGUUUGGAGGAUUCAGGGGGGGUCGCGGGGGCGGCGGCAAUUUCAGGGGUAACGAUAGAGGCGGCGGCAAUUUCAGGGGUAACGAUAGAGGCGGCGGCAAUUUCAGGGGUAACGAUAGAGGCGGAUUCAGGAAGUCGUUCGGGGAUAGAGGCAGCGGCCGAGGUGAUAGGGGAGGCGGAUUCAGGGGCGGAAAUAGGGGUGGCGGCGGAGGAUUCGGAAACAGGGACAGUUUCGGAGGAGGCGGGGGUCAGCAACAGCAGCAGAAUAAGAAGAUCACCUUCGACGACUGAGCACAUAUUAGAUGAUGAUUUCAUGUUUUAAUGCAAGAGGUUCAUGGGGUGAGCGGGCCAACUUGGACUUGAAGCACACCAGAGGCAAGUCGUUCAGGCAUGAGAAGACAAAAAAGAAGCGAGGUUCAUAUCGCGGCGGGCUUAUAGACACUUCGGUUAACUCCAUCAAAUUUGAAUAAUUGUCAAAAACCCUUUAUUUUGAUUUCCUGUGAAGACUAUAUUCAGUGAAAAUGAUAAAAUGGCUCCCCUGUUUGUUUAAUUUUGGGAUUUACUCAUUAGCUAUUUUCAAUUGAAUAAAGUGUCCUCACUUGAAUAUGAUGAACUCUUAAUUUUUUAUGUUUUGGCCUGAUUGAGUGUGAUAUGGAUAGCACUAGAUAAAACAACACUUCGGGUAAUAGUAAUUGUUAUUGCCAGAUUAAUUUUGAUGUAAGAUGUUAAAAUGUGCAAUUUUGGCUCACUCAUGUUUGACCCCAUUGUAUCAGUUUAUAUUUGACCCUCUUGGACACUUUUUAUUAUUGAUUUGUCAUUUAUUACGUUUGUAUUCUAUGGUUCGACUUAUUGAUAGGUACAUAAUUAUAUUUUAAUACAGUCUUUGUAUUAAGACAAUGUAUGUGGUGCCGUUAUAAAGUUAGAUUUAAAUACUGUGAUGAUCUUAAUAUGUAUGCAUAUUGCUAAAGUUGCAAAACUUCCUCAGUUAUGUAUAUAGUUUAAGAAUGUUUUUUUAUAAACAUUGUGACUGGAUAGUU